ACCGGUAAAUCUUAGGUGUAGCUUACCUUCGAUCCCAGCCAUUUGAAAGUGCAGCUAGCUUUGUCAUGAUGCCAGACAAUGUAAAGCUACAUUAGAUCUUGUCUCAUUGCACGAUUUUCUUCGUACGCCAGACGCGGUUGCACUUCUCUUUGGCGGCUGUGCGCCAUUGCGCCGAGCCUACUUUCUUUUUUCCCCAGGUAGGUAGGAUUCGGUUCUGGGGUGUCCUAAGAUCCAUGACCCUUUACCGUUUGGUUGAAUCCAACAGUCUGUUCGCCUUUUCUUCAGGUCCACUUUAACUCUGUCCUGCGCGACGCGACUCGGAUCGCAACAAGGAAGGUAGCAGACUACUCGACACCCCAUUUAGCAAUAUUCUCAGCCCCAAUGGGGGCCACAAUAUCUGUCAUAAAGUCACUGAUCGUCCCGGCGGUCAUUGCGUUGCUCCUUUUCCUCCUGAUAUCAUACGUUGUCGUUCCAGUAUGGCAGCGGUACCAGAACCGAUAUAGCCAGUACAUCCCGCUCGACUCCAUCACAGACCGCACCUCUUCCAUUCGCCAUCGAUUGCAAGGCAGCAUUGCCCGCUAUCUCAACCCAUCAUCGUGGCGAAGUGAACACGACGCGAUCGUAAUGGGCGGUGGUUUGAGGGAGGAUGUUUCGGAAGAGGAUUACGACUCCGAGCUUGGCGAGGAACUUGGGGACGUCGUUGAUAAUGGACGGACAAGAUCGGAACUGUCCAAUCAAAACCAGAGGCCAGACUUGGCGCGGAGGUUGAGCCGAGAUCUCGAGCAGGGCUUUAUAGACGACAGUGAUAGUGAAAGCGACAGCUGAGCUUUGUGAGAAAUACAGCGCAAAGCAAUACUUCCAUCACUUUAAACUUGACUAGUCACACUUAAUAUUGAACAAACUUUAAAGGCCGA